AUGAUUAACCUACAAGUGCAUCAACUGCGAAGCCCCAGCGAAGCAGACCACUGUGAAUGCGGCAACCUCCUGCGGGAAAAGAGCCUAGAAUUUGUUCUACUGAAAAAUAGAAACCUAAGCAUAUAUACUUACCAAAGGAAAAGAAAAAAAGUUUUUCUUAUAUACGAGACAAAGCUAAAUGCACCAGUCGUGAAGUUAGUAAUUUUGAAGGGUGUCUUUCUCCGAAAAAACAAGGAGAGGAUUAGUGGUGUUCUCCUUGUAUAUAAGGGCAUGCAGUUCGUCCUCUACCGAUUCAACCGCCAUUUGAAUACCCUCGUCGUUGUAUUAAAACAUAGCUUUCUAAAGAAAACAAAUUUUCAACCACUUUUUUAUUCUCUACCGAUUAGUGUUAACUAUGUGCACGGGUUUGACAAGGGAGGAGGAAGUGCCGCGGGAAAGGAAAUCCGCAUCGGUGGAAGGAAACCCAUCACAGGAAUGACCAGAAGGAGAAGAUUCAGGUUGACCCCCAAACGGUUGAAGGGGUAUAUGCGAGGAGGAUUGCGCCCAGGAGGGGAACUCCCUGAUGAAGAAGUGCCCACGGAAAAGCGAAAGGGAAAGGAAAAAGGAAAAAGUUUAAGGAGGAAAGAAACUUCAGUUGGACACUCCACAAAAUCGGAGCACAACUCACAAAGCGGUAUUAACGAAGAAAUUUAUUUCAACCUUUACGGUGAAAAUGGGAAUGGUGACAACAUGGAAGACCCGUUUUGUCUAAAUCGAUCCAUUCCAGAGGAUAUCAAUAUUGGGGGUAUCCAUCAGAAUACCCUGGGAAUUAUCAAAAACGGACAAGCCAAAAGGAAAAAGCGAAAUUUGAAUUUCUGCGAAUUUGUCGUUUCCUUCUCUAAUGAUUUCAAAACGAUUUACUUCCUUUUUUACUCAUCAAGGAGAAGAAAGAAAAAUGAUAUGGACCCUACUUGUGCCGGAGAGAUGAGGACGACCUACUUUGGGAAGGGGCUCUAUUUAUUUAAUGUUCUGAAGGUUAGUCUGCAGGAUCUAUAUCGGCACUUCAUUUUUAUUAAGAAGAUUUUUUUCCAUGGUGGAAACAUGCACGUGUUAUUGCAGAACGAACCGAUAAACGUGGGGCACGCCCCGAUGGAAGAACUGAGUCUCAAGCUACUAAUUCUACGGCAAGAGGAUCACAAGUUCGACGCGAACAAACUGAUGAAGGGAUUCCCGAACGACAUUAUAGAUCUCCUGAGGGUGAAGGAACUUUUAAUAUGUCUGUGUCAAGAUUAUCUAUACGUAAUAAACAUGAAAAGAAACCAAAAGGUGGUUUAUAUUUUUAAAAAAAGUUGCUACACCAACGGGGUUCUACAUCUACAAAAGAAAGAAUCCCUUUUCUGUGAUUGCACAGAUUUUAAUCUGCGCUUUAAGGAGAGUAGUAGCAACAUGUUUUACAUGAAGGGAAAACUCUUUAUACUCACGCGGAGGUGUAUCGUGGAAGGUACACUGUCGUGGGAUCAUAACAACUUAGUGAAUCUCAUAAAGUGGAGGAAGGUUCAUAGGUUCAAGUAUGAUUUAGCCAAGUCGUCUGUUUAUUUCUUUAGACGAAGGGUUCACUUUGUGUGUUGCUACAAUGGGAUCUGUGGCAGAGCUGAUGUGGAUUUGCUCGUGAGAAGAAGUCGGGGAAGGCGCAUCAGAGGUGGGCCUGACGGAGGAUCCGGAGAAGGAUUCACGCGGAAGAGAAAAUCAGCUCCCUCAGCGCACCCAGCGAAGAGGAAAAAGUUGCAAAAUGGGGAGAAGGGUGAUGUGGUCUCCUCCACCGAGGAAAUGACACCCGAUAUGGACGUAUUGUCUGCAAAUGGAAAUCCCACAAUAGCAUCUGUCCCAGUUCUAUCCACGCGUAGAGAUCGACGAAGAGCAACUAGAAAGGUUCGACCGAAUGACAACUUCCUAAUGGACCUAAUGAUCUACCUGAAUAAGAACCCAACGGUGAAUGAACACACCAAGGGACUCAACCAUAGCAAGUACGAUUUCCUAUUUCAAAAAUAUAAAAAAAAAAUAAAAAUUCUAGAAGGCAAUUAUUCCUUGAUAAACUCCCAAGGUGGUGUUGAGUACGUAUCUCCCCUUUUCAUCCUUAAGAGAAGGAAGAAGAAACAGCAAGAAAAAAUAGCCCCCUCUACUCCCAUGGCCAAAAGAAAUAACCCCCACAAAAAUGACAUAAUAACCCUAGUGGAUAAAAUAUCAGCCAAAGGAAUGUUAACAGAUCUAAUUAAAUCCAAUGAAGAACCUAACUUCAUCAACAAUAGUAGCUACUUCGCCCUUAUAGGGAAUAAGAAAUAUAGCGCGGUUGAGAAAUUCUUCUUCAAAGUUCCUUUUAGCACUCUCUUAAAUGUAUCCUUUAAAGGAGCCCGUGUAAGGAGUGUAUGUGCCACUGAGGGAGGAAGACAAAACCAAAUCGGUCAGUAUGUUAUGGUUAAUUUGGAGGGAUGGAAGGCCGAAGAGGAUGACGAGCAAAUUAUCAGUAAGGGAAGAAGCAAUGUACUUAUAAGGAGAAGUUUCCUCCUAUGCGUAGACAAUAUUAAUACAUGGAGAGAGAAAAAAGGGACCAUUAGAAAAAUAAUUCCUUUGAAUAGGAAGGAGGAAAAACUAGUUGGUGAAUCAACAAAUAAUCUAUUGAACUCUUCCAACAUGGGGAAUUAUCCAACGAAAAUUCUACAAAAUAAGUAUCGCUCCAAAGUUAUAUACACGCUAAGAGGAGAGAGUCUACAAGGAGAAUCGUGCGAUCAGGUGGAGUGCCCUCCAAGGGGAAUUGCGAAGGCGGAUAUACUUCUUGCUUUUUUUAGAUUCUACCCUUUUGUUCAUUACAGCAAUAGGGAUGUGAAAAGAUACCUGGAGUGGAAAGGUUCCAACAGUGGAGCGGACCACUUGCUUGGUCGAGAAAAUGCAUCCGAUCAAAGGAGUAGUGACAUAGAAAUUAAUCUAAAAGAAAAGUACAUACAAUUUUUCCUCAUGGAGAAAAAUAAAAAUACACACUUAAGUAUGGAAGGCAAUUGCAUAUGUCUAUUAAGGUUUAAAUCUUUGCUAGUACAGGUUUGUCGGAAGGAGAUUCACGUAUCCCAUUACGCCAACACGUGUAUGAUCCUUCGGAGUAUUUAUUUGGAGGAUCCAAUCGUGGAGUGCAAGCUCAUAAGAAUGUUUUUAAUUCUUCGACACGAUAGCGGUAACUGCUCUGUGUACACUUUCCACGUGGAUGCAGUGACAGAUCUGUUACUACGCGUGCGGGAAGUUACAUCACUACUUAACAUGUGCCUUUUACGAUGUCUAGAUGUGGAUAAGGGAGAGGAGGAAAUUAACCUCCUACAGUUUGCAACCUUUAUCAUGGAAGGAGCACUCAAGGCAGGAGAAUCUUCCCUUUGGAAUUGCACCGACACAAAGGAAGAAGACCUGCUCUCCCUCUUUCGAACACAAACGCCAGACAUGUUUUGCAAAAUUGUGCACAGGAUGGGUGGCUCAAAUGAAAGAGAAAUUCUCUCCUUGUAUACCCAGUUGAACAAUGUUCGUUGUAUCUCCACGGUUAAGAGGAAGGCCCAAAGUUUUCUUGCCUUCCUGGAUGAUGCCAACUCCACCAUUCGCAUUUUCCACCUCGAGAAGAAGCGCACCUUUUUUAUUAGCAACUCUUUAUUAGCGGUGCCCAAGUAUGUGUACAAUGCGAAAUGGUCAAAACGGGAGGAAAUAACAGAAAGGGGAGGAGACGAACCCCGUGAGGAACUCCUCCUGGACACAUAUAAACUGGAGGAGAUAAUAAAUGUUCUCCUCUUCCCACUGGGCCCCAAUUACAUCUUAAUCGUUUUCCUGACGGGGAGGCCCAUGCUGAUCUACAAAAGCGUUGGUGAAAUCAGAAGCAUGAGGAGGUUGAAGUUUCAGGUUGUCACACACAGGUAUAUAUAUCCGCUACUCAGUAACGUUCAUUUUGUAAAAGACCCCAGUGGUGAAAAUGUCGAUCUCGUUACCAUUUCGCGCGACAAGACAGAAGUGAACAACGGUUUCUUCCUCCACAUCGAUGGAAGGAAGAGGGCAAGGACAAGAACAGACAAAGUAGGAUUUGAAGGAAAUGAGAAAAAAAAAAAAAAAAAAAUGUUUUCAAAAUGUAUAGUAGGUUAUCCCCAUAUAGAUAUUACUAAGGUGGACUUAAGUCGUGUAAGUGGUAAUCAGGAAGAGCAGAUUUAUCAGAAGCUUCGGGCGUACAAUACAUCUUUCCCUCCCCUGCUGCUCUCCAAUUGUAAAGGAAAACUAUUUGUUCACCGCUGCGGAGGGGAAGGGCAAGUGGCAUCGCAGGGACAACCCAAGGGUAUCGUAAAAAUUGCCCAUAAUGCCUACCUCAGGGUUGACUCAACAAGUCUUCGCAUCGUUACGAUUGGGGAGGAAGAAAAUGUAUUUGCAGUAGGUCCAGAACAAACUGGUCUCAAUGAUCUCCGUCAGUGCGAAUACCAGUUAAACCGUGAUGUCGCGCGAACACUAAGUGAAAUUUCUCCUCCCCUGGAGGUUAUCUGCCAUCAUAGCAACGUUGAGAAGGUACAAGUACACAACGAGAUGUUCUUUUUAAAAAAUCUCCCUCCGAAUAAAUUUUCUUUCAACGAUGACAUGGUCUCGAAACUCUUUUUGUCCUACCCCUACAUCUACAAGAUUGCCAUUUCGCACUUUGAGUACCUUCUGAAGAGGAGAAAAAGAUGCGAAAAUGGGGAGCAAAAUGGGGAACAAAAAGGGGGGGAAGAAAAAACAAUCGCAGAAAUGGAGAAGAAGGAGAAUCACUCGGUUCCAACUAAUGAACAGGGCAAAGCCCCCAAAGGGGAUCCUCCGCUUGGGCAACAGGUUUCCCAUGGCGAUCCAUUUUUCCACAGAGUCACCCGAGGAAAGAUAAUCUGCGUCGUCGUUCGAACCAAGUAUGAGGAAUACCAUUGCCUAAAGAAGCUACAAAAAAGGAGAUUAAAUUUGCAAAAGGAUGAAUUACGAAAUAACGUUACCUAUGCAGGGGAGGAGGAAGUCCAAUGCGUACCGAAUGUUCACUUGCAGGAUAUCAUUAACAACCAGUACACCCACAAAUUGAAAGGAUUUCUCCCGGGAAAUGACAAGGAGGAGGGCGUAACCACAAGGAAUGAUGAAGACAUAAUGAUAAAGAACAACAAACUUAUUUGUUCUGCAAAAAGCAAUGCAAAGUUUAGUAAGCUACUCCUUCUACACGAGUGUAGCAGCAAAAGAGUUUUUGGAUACUACACCUUUGAGCAUGCAGAAGAAAUACACAGUGUUUCCUUUGGAUUUCUCCAUGGAAAGGAGUAUAUUUAUGUUAGCACUAGCAUAAAUAUUGGAGAGAGGGUUGAAACGCAAGGUAACAUCUACGUAUUUGAUAUAAGCGGCGUCUUCGCGCGCGUAGGCGAGGAUUCCACUAUGGAAGGAGAAGUAACAACAGAUGGAAAGGAAGUAAUAGGAGAAGGAGAAGCGGAAUCUCCCCCCCCCAGUGGGAAAAGGAAAAAAGGAAAAUUAUCGGUAUACUUGAAGAAGACGUAUAAUAGUUCAGUAACGCAGAUUCACCCCUUCUACAUGCACAGCGAGGGGUUCACAAAUGGGGGGUUGGAUAGUGCCUUGGAAAGCCUUAUCCUGAGUAAUGGUGGAGAGAUGAAGCGUUAUGGUAAGUACAGCGGGCGAAGUGAGCACGAGGAAUUAUUCUUACAAGAGGAGGAAAUCCCUUAUCCGCAUGAGAGAAGUAUCACAGCAUGUAGAGAGAACAGGAAAAAAAGAAACAUGGACCCAAACGUACAUUGCAAUAUCCUACAUUGUAUGAACUCUAAGCUGUUUAUUCACGAAGUGAGUGAAAAUGAUUUUACUAAAGGUGCGUUUCUAGAGAACAAUUUCUUCAUCAGUGACAUUAAGAUAUUAAAAAACUUUUUCAUCGUAGCAGAUCUACACAGAGGUAUAUUCAUAAGCAUGUAUAAUUAUGAACAACAAUACGAUAGUAGAAGUAUCAUCCCUAUAGCCAAACCUUUUUUUAGUUCCAACUUAAAUGUACUCUGUUGUCAAUAUAUUGUUUUGGAUUCCCUCAUGUGUAUUCUUGCCAUGGAUGUGUUUAAUAACCUUUUGAUUUUCUCCUUCCAGAAUUAUCAAUCUGUUGAUACUUUAUACAUUUUUAAUUUUUUCAAUUUCUGUAGAAGAAUACUUAAAUAUGUGAAUGCUGUACAUCCACAUCGGAGAUCCAACUCUGCUUUGUCCAUUUCGAACGACGGAUCCAUUCAUUUGUUCCACCCACUUAGUACCAAAUCCUUUACCUUCUUAAGGGAGACUUACAACGUUGUCAGGACAGCCCUCUUUCCCCACCUGGCUAUCAAUGCGCAUGAAGACUUGACCCCAGAUGUAUUCACCCAGUCGGUGAAACUCAACCUACACAGGAAGACUGACUCCUUCUCGAUCAAGAAUGUUCUCUUCGACGACAUGCUACGCCAACUCCCCUUUUACUCCGCUCAAGUCCUCCAGGAAUUAUUCCUGAAAAGGGCCAACCUACUGGACCACAUAACGAUAGGGGAAUUCCUAAUCGAGCUGAGUUCUUUGAACGAAAGGUAA